UCCAUUGGGGAAGGAAAUAAAUCUUACGAACAAACCGAGAGAAAAACUUCGACCUGCUCAGGAUUUAAAGCAUUGCGUAGCCCUCACGUCAUAAAGCCGUCUUUCUCUUAAUUGAAACGGUCAUGACGCGGUCGCGUCGCGUCGUGACGCGACGCAGUUGAACCCGGUCGCCGUAAAUGGACCCGGAGGUUCGGCACGAUGUACAGAAGUCAACAGAAGUGAGGCGCAUUGAAGGACUGUCACUCACAAGUUAAUGUUGAGAACCCGACCGAUAACCUGAGGUAACCAGACAUUAUGGCUGCGGACGACCACUACUCUCAUCCCUCCAACCAGAUUUUUGACAACAUCGUGAUGGAUUCCAUCUGGGACUUCCCACAUUUCCCCGCAAUGUCUCAGACCGCCUCCCUGCGGACAGUGGACGGACCCUUCCUGCAGAUCGUGGAGCAACCGAAACAACGGGGCUUCAGGUUCAGGUACGGCUGUGAAGGUCCGUCUCACGGAGGCCUGCCAGGAGCCUCCAGCGAGAAGACAAGCAAGACCUACCCCGCCGUCAAGAUCAGUAACUACCAGGGUCCGGCCCGGGUGGUGGUCCAGCUGGUGACGGCGCUGACCACCCACCCUCAGCUCCACGCCCACAGUCUGGUGGGAAAGCAGUGCGACAAAGGGAUCUGCAUCACCGACCUGCAGCCCAAAGACUCCACCAUCAGCUUUCCCAACCUGGGCAUCCUCCACGUGACCAAGAAGAACGUGGCCAAGACGCUGGAGGAGAGGAUGGUGGAGGCUGCCCGGCUGGGAUAUAACUGCGGCAUCUCCAUCCACCCUGAUAUUGACGUCCUGCAGGGGGAGGUCCGAGUCCCCCGAGAGCUCAACGACGACCAGCGCCGUGUGAUCAGCAGCGCGGCGUCUCUUCAGGCUAAAGAGAUGGACCUCAGCGUGGUGCGGCUCAUGUUCACGGCAUUCCUCCCGAACAGCGACGGAGGUUUCUCCAGACGACUCGAGCCCGUCGUGUCGGAACCGAUCUACGACAGCAAGGCUCCCAACGCCUCCAACCUGAAGAUCGUGAGGAUGGAUCGGACCGCUGGCUGCGUGAGCGGAGGAGAGGAGGUCUACCUCCUCUGUGACAAGGUCCAGAAAGAUGACAUCCAGGUCCGGUUCUAUGAAGAAGAUGACUCAGGGUUGACCUGGGAGGCGAUGGGAGAUUUCUCCCCUACAGACGUCCACAGACAGUUCGCCAUCGUGUUCAAGACUCCAAAGUAUCGAGACCAGAACCUCCAGAAACCGACGUCAGUGCUCGUCCAGCUAAAGAGGAAGUCUGAUAACGAGACCAGCGAACCCAAACCCUUCACCUACCACCCUCAGAUCAUAGACAAGGAGGAGGUGCAGAGAAAGAGACAGAAGACGUUGCCAAACUUCCAGGACUUCAGCGGCCACGGAGGAGGUGGAGGUCUGUACCGAGGAGGAGGAGGUGGUGGACGAGGUCCUGCUGCAGGAGGAGGGCCUGGCUCUGCUGGAGGAGGAGGCUACUUUCAUGGCUUCACCACCUACAACUAUGGCGGAGCAGCCGCAGGAGGAGGAGGAGUAGGCGGAGGCGGAGGUUUCUCCACAGGAUACUCAGCAGGUCUGGGUGGAGGAGGAGGAGGAGCAGCCAUCAAACCCGCCUCGGAGGACAACCAGGCAGCGGACGACAAACAUCCGGAUGAUGACUCGGGGUCGGACGUUGGCGUAGGCCCAGCGGUGGGGGAGGGGCCUAAGGAGGGAGAGGUUGGAGGGGAGGAGCCAGAACCACCCAGAGAUGUGCAGUGCAGCGAUCAGCUGCAGGCCCUGUUCCAGUACUCUGUCACAGGAGACUCAGCCUUCCUAUUGGCCGCCCAACGUCAGCUGAUGAGCGUGCAGGACGAGGACGGAGACACUGGGCUCCACCUGGCGGUCCUCCACAGCCAGCAGGAGGCGCUGAAGAGUCUGACUCAGGUCGUCUCUGCUCUGCCCGGAGAGGAGGUGCUCAACAUGAGGAACCAUCUCUACCAGAGUCCUUUGCACCUGGCCGUGAUCACCCAGCAGAGGGAGGCAGUGGAAGCGCUGCUAUUAGCGGGUGCCGACCCUACUCUGACAGAUCGUCAUGGCAACACGCCACUCCACCUGGCGUCCAGGGUGGAAGGAGGAGGAGGGAUGGUGCAGUUUCUACUGCAGCACAGAGAGAUGAGAGAACUUCUGGAACACACCAACACAGCUGGUCUGUGUGCAAUCCACUUGGCGGUCCUGGCCAAUCAGCUGUCGUCUCUCAGGGAGCUGCUGGAGGGCGGAGCUAACGUGGAGGCUCAGGAGCGCAGUUGCGGACGGACCGCCCUCCACCUCGCCACCGAGAGAGACAACGUGUCGCUGGCCGGCUGCCUGCUGCUUGAGGGAAACGCUAAGGUGGACAGCUUCACCUUCAAUGGCUCCACCCCCCUCCACAUCGCUGCAGGACGAGACUCCGUCAAGCUGACCGCUCUCCUGAUGGCUGCAGGGGCAGACCCUCAGAGGGAGAACUUUGAGCCGCUCUUCUUCAGGGAAGAGGACUGCUGCGAUGAAGAGAAGGAAGAUGAAGGCUACAUCCCAGGAACCACUCCCCUCAACAUGGCCACCACCGCUCAGGUGUUGGAGCUUCUGAAUGGUAAAGAAUACAAACCAAAAUGUCCACAAAGAUCCAUCACACCUGCUCAAGGCGACCUGGCGAGUCUGGACGUGGAGGUGAAGCAGCAGGUGUGUUGCGCCCUGGAGAGUGAAGGAUGUUGGGAAAAACUGGCUCAUAGUCUGGGUCUCGGGAUCCUCAACACUGCCUUCGGUCUGAGCCCUUCCCCCGCCAAAACACUGCUGCAGAGCUACGAGGUUUCAGGAGGGACAGUCAGGGAACUGCUGGACGGUCUCAGGUCAGUUGGCGACUGCAGAGCGCUGAAUGUCCUGGAGGAGGUGCUGCGUCACCACGACGAGAAGGAGGAGGCGCUGCGUCGCCCUGGCGACGAGGAGGAAGAGGAGGAGGAGGAGACGCAAACGAGUGACGGGUCUCUCGUUCGGGACCUGAAGGCGGACAUUCGGAUUGACAGCGGCGUCUGUGACAGCGGGGUGGAGCUCUCCACGGCGUGAUCGCCUCCCUCCAUCCACCCAUCUAACCCAACUCCAUUGAUCCGAUCGAUCGGAGCGCUUUUCAACCAAAUUAGAUUUAAAGUCGAGAAACAAAAGGCUAAAUAAUUGGUUUUUAGACCACACUACACUCCAAAGGGUCUACCGAAGAAUGUAAACGUGGGUUCUGUUCCUCAAAGGAAUAACUCGCCAAAAACACACGUGGUGGACAAAGUAUUGAUUGGAUUGACUUCAUGAUAUCCGGAGUCGUGCUCAAACGGUUUGUGUGUUUGUUGUUUUUCUACAUCAGACAUCUACUGUCUGCAGGGGAAAGGUGCUAUCGAUGCUGAAAUGAUUGUACAAAGGUUAAUUUACCCAAAAGGAUCCGUUCAGUCUGUUUCAAAUCUGCCGGAGACUGAUUCCUCCUGUUCCUGCUUUAAAUACACCUGGUCUGUUUGACUCUAAAUGCUGACGCCCUCUUCUUUUAGAGUCCGAUGGUGUGCGUUUAAAACUCCACCAGCACUGUCCGACUGCAAUAUGAAACUCUGUCAUGUCUAAAAUGCUUUUAAUUGUUUUAAUGCAUUUAAAUGAUCUGCUUCUCACAUAUUGAGAAUACGUUGCUCUCUGCGGGUGGAGGCAAAGUACCUGCCUCAAGAAAAAGAGUAUCUCGGCUUCUUGUGACGGUAACAGGGAGCCGUAGAUCGUCAGGCGUAUUGGUGCGGAUGCAGCAGUAAGACCGUCUUAGUGAAGACCGUCUUAGGUCGUGGACACAAGCAGCCGUAGUGAGACUCUUCCACAGGAGGGCCGGACUGCAUCUCAGGGAGAGGGCCAGGAGCUCCGUCGUCAGGAGGGAACUUGAGAGUUGAGGCGCAAUUCCUGCGUGUGGAAGGGAAAGGGGCAUCAAAUAAGGCCAUCUGGCGCCGCCUGGGGGCCUCCCACUGGGGAAGACCCGGAACAAGCUGGAGGGAUGAAAUCUGAGAGCUGGCCUGGGAAUGCCUCGAGAUCCCCCAGACGCAGAUCAGAAAUAUGGAUAGCAUAUGAGAGGGCUCGUUGUUAUAGGUAAAGUCAUGUUUGUAAUAUUUUGUAAUAUUCUACGGAAAAACUCCACAUUUAUCAAAAGACAGGAAUAAACAAAUUCAUUAAUUGACCCAUUUCUAUUAGGAGAAAGAUAAAGUAUUUGUUGGUAUGAACACGAGGAAUCAUAGCAAACUCUCCACAUUUUAAUAUUGUCUUGAGACAGAUUUGAAAAACAAUGAAACUCCUUUUUAAGUGUGCACGUUUAAAAAAUAAUAAUCAUAAUUUAGUGUUUUUUAAUUUUAAAGGGCCAUUUUUGUUUUCUGUCUGCCUAACUGAUGAGAUCUUUUAAAGACUCAAACAAGUUCAUAAUUGUUUCAUUUUUUUAAUCAAAAAGAAGUGUUCCACGUAUCUUUGGUUGGUUCUUUCGGUCUUCCUUUGUUAAGAUGAGUGAAAUGUUUGAGCACAAAGACUGGCAGCAGCAGACCAACAACCUUUGUUUUGUGCUGCUAGGCAUUGUGAGAAAUACAGUCUGGAGCUGUGAGGAGUUGUAGUCUCUUUUCGUGUGGAACCAAAACUCCUCUGUGAUAUUUAUAUCUCUGCCCUGCACUGUACAGUUUGACGCCAGCUUUUCAUUGGUUAUUUUUUAAAUAAAGUCUUUCAUAUAUAUUUAUAUA